AAAACGGGAGGCGAAUGUAUCUGAAAGAUACGUUUAGUCUAUUUCGACGCGAGCAUUGUAACGGAUCGCAGGUCACGGACGCUUGGAUUAACGGUACUGUAGCCCCUAGUGUCAUCUGUGUGUGAGAGUGCGUGAGAGUGUGACCGGUCAACAGAAAAAUUUAUCAACAAAGGAAAGAAACCCCACAAAACCCCCAAAACCCGCCACUCGUGCAAGAGUGGCUUGAAAAGUGCAUUAGUGUAGCAGUUGGAAUUUUGAAAAAUCUCUUCCGAUAUGAUUUCAAACGAAAUAUGAUCGAAAGCAGCUGAUAAACAGCGGGAAAACAGCAGUAAACAAAAACCAAGUGAUCGAGAUAAAGGAGUGUAACUGAAGCGGUAACUUGAAAAGGAAGAAAAAGCAGAGGCAUUCAAAUAAGUCAUAAAAAAUAUCAGAGCAAGCAGGAAGCCAUUCGAAACAUAAAUCCGACAACAAUCAACAUGUUUGGCCAUCUCAGUUUGCUGGCCGCUCUGUUUUUCAUCGGCACACUGAAAGAUUUCCGCGUCGCUGGACUGAGACUGACCGAGGUUCGCAUUCCGAUGUACGUGAUUAAGGGCACCGCGGCCCAGUUGGAGUGUCUGUACGAUCUGGACGGCGAGGCCCUCUACUCCGUGAAAUGGUACAAGGAUGGCAACGAGUUCUACCGCUAUGUGCCGAGGGAUAUGCCGCCUGCCCAAACGUUCCUGCUGCCUGGUGUCAACGUCGAUUUGCACAACUCGAGCGACGCGAUUGUUACGCUGCGCAACGUCAAUCUGCAGUCGGCGGGCCGCUUCCGGUGCGAAGUUUCUGGCGAGGCACCCUCCUUCCAAACGGUCACCGAGCACGGCGACAUGAUUGUUGCAUAUCUGCCGGACGAGGGAUCGCCGAAAAUCAGUGGUGGACGACCGCGCUACCAGAUCGGAGACUAUGUCCGGGUCAAUUGCACCGCAGGACGUUCCAAGCCCGCCGUGAAACUAUCUUGGCAAGUGAAUGGGGAGCCAGUUGAGCAGCAGAAGCUACGCAAAUAUGACACCAUUGUCUCGGGACGCGAUGGUCUGGAAACCUCUGUGCUGGGCCUCCAGUUCCGGGUGGAGCAGAAGCACUUUCGCAAGGGCAACAUGAAACUUAAGUGCAUAGCCGAACUGUCGACCGUGUACUGGAGGUGCAACGAGGAGUCCGUGGAGGGCGACCGGCCGCAGAAGGCGCCCGUGCUCGAGUCCCGGGAAACGGUCUACGCCAGCAACUCGCGCGCCGAUCCCGUGCAAGGUACGUCUUACCGGGAAUUAUUUGUGACCAAAAUCUUAUCGCUCUUGUUCGUCCAACCAAAUGCAGCCAGUUCCGCGGCUCCACCGUCGUCCAACCCAGCCACGCCCCUCGUCCUCCUUCCGGUGGCGCUGGCGGUGCUGGUGAUGGCAACACUGGCACAGGGAAUCGCGAGAGAUAUAGAUACAGAUAGAAUAUCCACGGAUCGCACUGCGCCUGGAGGGAUUGGGAUAACGAAAGGAGCUCAGCAGGCGAGAGAGUUGCUGGCUGGCCGCGGGGAGGAAAAUCGCAGGACGAGUCACGGAAAAUCCGCAACGCAGCUGGAGAAAAUGGCAUUGACUGCACGGUAGCUGCAUUAAGCCACACGGCGGCUAUUUCCCUCCACAACACACACUUUUCACCGAUUUUUCCGUCUUCGCUUUGCAUAGAAAAUAAAGAAACUCAUUGAGAAUCAAAAACAGGAAAUCAACAAAAAAAAAAAACAAAAAAAAAGAAACAAAGAAAAUCAAGCAAAACGCAAGAAACGCAGCUAAUUUCUUUAUGCCGUUAACAAAAGCUUUCAUGAAUUUAAUUUGAAACAAAACCUAUCUAGAGAAUAAAUUACAUUUACUUGUCUGAGUAUGAGAAAAAUUGUAUGUGAAAAAGCGUGCUAAUGGUUUAACUCUCUAAGGAAAUGUUAAAGCCUGUGUCGAAAGAAAAAUCCAACUGUAAAUAGUUAAUGUUUAAUAUAUAUAUUUAUGUAACUGUAUUGUAUGUUAUUUUGGUUAGGCUCAUUCACACACAAAACAGAAUUUCAAUAUCACACGGACGGAACAGAGGGAAAGUGAAUGGAAAAUCCUUCAACAAAAGUUGGUCAAGGGAAAAUACGAGUUUAACAGAACAAAACAAAAAUAAUUAUAAAUAAAUAUGUAAGCAAAUGUAUUGGUAAGAUUGUUUUAGCUAAGAGAAGAUGAAGGGGAAUUUUAUGCAAAACGUAUGGUGAAUAUUUUGUGGAAUAUACAGUGCGUAACGAAAGUAUAUGAACUUCCAUAGACAUGUCUCAAUAUUACGGAAAAUAGCUUUCUGGACCGAAAAUGGUAUUGUUGGUAUAAACUUACAAAUAAAGUACCAAUUAAAUUCAAUAUUUUUCAACUCGCUAUACUUUCGUUAAGUACUGUAUAACUGUCACUCGAAUUCAACAAAAACAACCAAAAUGUCUUCUUUAAUUAGAUGAUUUGUCUAUAAACUUCGUUGUUCGUUGAGCAUGCAUUAACAAUGUAAAAUUGUAAUUAGAUAAAGGUAAAGAAUGCUACCGAUAAGAAAUCACAUAAAAACAAC